AUCGCUUAAGGUUAAGGCAGCAUUAGAAAAACCGGAUUUUUUUUCAACUUAUAAGAAAAUAAUUUGAUUAUAGAGUGUGAAAAGGCUGUUUUGUGUGAAAUGUGUGAAGUAAAUAAUCGUAAUUUUCAACACCUGUAUCCAGAAAUCAAAAGAGCCCUGCAGGAUGCUAAGUUUGUUAGUGUUGACUUAGAGUUCAGCGCUUUGUAUCCCCUUAAAGACUUCAGCCCGAGUAUAAUCGAUACCCCUUCAGAAAGAUAUAGAAAACUAAAGAAGAACCUAGAAAUUAUAAUACCACUACAAGUAGGUCUUACAGCUUUUGGUUUUGACUCGGACCGCAAUAGUUAUUGUGGAAAAGUGUACACUUUCUUUGUUCAGCCCGCCUGCUUCCAAGGAAUUCAUAAAAACUUUUGUUUCCAAUCUAGCACAUUAAAUUUCUUAAAGUUGUACAAUUUCGAUUUUAAUAAGUUUGUUUAUGAUGGAAUUCCAUUUAUGAACAAAGAUCAGGAAGAAGAACUAAGACAAAUGAUGUCUAGUAAUAGCCUUACUGAAAUUGACCUUAACUGUCCUUUAGAAUACUAUACAAUCCUCGAGCGACAUAGUGGAAUAAUUAAAAGUUGGUAUGAGAAGGCUAAAGUGGGUGAUUUUUUAGCCUUACCAGAAAUCUGCACUAAUAGACAAGUCGAUGAAGAAAUUAUCUAUUUUGUGCAUAAAGAAUUCAGAAGAAGAUUUGAAAAUCUCUGGACCUAUGUAGAAAAUAAUGAAUUUACUGUAAAAAAAGUAACUAAAAAAGAGCUUAGUAUUUUAAAUAAUAGUAAUUCCUUGAAUGAGCAAACGAUAAAUAAUUUGCUGGGCUUUAGUAAAGUAUUUAGGCUGUUAACCUCAUUGAAAAAACCAAUUGUAGGACAUAAUGUGUAUCAGGAUGUACUGUUGAUGAUCGGGAGCUUUGAAACCAACCUGCCUAACUCUUAUAGUAGUUUUAAAAAACUGGCUAAUGAACUCUUUCCUAUUGUGUUUGAUACCAGACAUAUCUCUUAUAGUAUCAGAGAUACGGUUCCUAGGGAAAAGUCCUGGAAUGACCGAGGUUUGGAUACAAUUUUCGACUAUUUUAAAAACGGAAUCGGUCGAACGCUGGCCUCGAACGCGCCUGCAAUAGAGAUUGAAGAAAAAGAAGAUAGUGUUGGUAAAUUUCACCAUGCGGGCUGGGACUCCUUCUGUGCCGGCUAUAUUUUCAUUAGGUUAGCCCAUCUGAAUAUUUACCAAAAAUAUCCGAUUUCAAAACAGUUCGUCAGCAGCGAGCAUAUAGCGGCCUUAUCACAUCUGAAAAAUAAGGUUAACAUUAUUAGAGGGUCUGUAUCUCACAUUAAUCUAGAUGGAGAGGAUCCAAGUUCCACGAGGCCUCCAUACUUAGUGAUUGAGUCGCUCAAAAAUAAACCAGUUUGCAUACCUCAGGUGGCAUCCCUGCUAAGUACUUUUGGUUACACCGAAGUUAGAAAAAUUCCUUACCAAAAGAAGAUCGCUUUGGUAGCAGUAGAUAACUAUGGCAAUGCCAGACGAAUUUUAAGAGACUUCAAGAAUAUGAGCACCGAAUAUGAUGUGCAAAGAUACAAUGCGCUAAAACACUCACCCUUUGCCAGAUUUUUCUUUGUGGGUGGCCUAACUGUCUCCAGUGUUCUCAUUCUAUGGAUUACCCAUGCAGUGAUAAAAAGAUAGAAUGAAAGUCUAAAAAAAUUAUAAUGAACCUAUUGUAAUAAUGGAUGAAUGUUUCUAUUGAAGUCUAUUUUCUUAAUUUAAUUCUAGAGAAGUAAAUUUAAUUGCAAGAUAGUCUUUUCAGUAAAUUAAAUGAACAUUGUAAGUAAACAUCAGUAAUGUAUAACAAGUCAAUUGACCACAUAAUUUACUUAAAAAAAGAUGUGGACUUAAGUUGUCACAUCAAAAUAGAAUUUAUAAUAAAAGACAAGCAAACCUA